AUGGCCGAUCUGCUCAGAAAGAAGAGGUUCCUAAGGGCUGAAAAAAAAGCUAUACAUGCAUGGAAUAUUCAAGAUUAUGAAUCCGCCAGAGAUCACUAUGCUGCGAUGCUCGAUAUAGCGAAGGGCUGGCUGGCUUUGAAGGACCCGAACAUGCUAUGGGUCCGAGCACAUUACUCUGAAUGUCUCAUGCACACCGGUGACAACGAGACAGCGGAUAAGUUGCAACAUGAAAUCCUGAAAGAUAUCGUGCCGCCUGAGACCGAAGAUGAGGCUGACGCCAUUGUUGAAGUCCUGCAUUUGCGAGUCGCUGUUGUGAAUAAGCUACAUGCCAGAGGGCGAACGGAAGAAGCCUUGAUGACUAUGCGCCGUGCUCUCUAUUUGAGCAAAAAAUCAUUCGGCGACGACGACGAAAACACCGAAUCACUCCAGAUGGGCUACAACAAGAUUGAAGAACAAAUUAUGAGUCGCCAACUUCCCAGACUAAGAACGGACCAUCGAAACGAAAGAUCACGGAGACGUCAGGAGCGUCUGGUAGACUCUACCGAUCAAGCGAGUCUUUCGGACUCGGACACGAUAGUUGAGAAUUAUGCCUGCCGAGAUGAUGUUGUGGAUGAUAUCUCAGAUGCACGACUUCUGAGUGCCACAGCCUCUAGCGAUUUCCAGGAGCAAGUAUUUCACAUAAUUACAGACAAAUGGUUCGCCAUGUACCUCAAACGAGUACAUGAUCUCUUUCGUUGUUUCUCGCCGGUCAAACACGGUGCGAGGCCUAAGAUUGCCAUUCUCGACACCGGCCUUAAUACGAAACAUCCAGAUGUAUCGAAGAUACACAACCCUGAGGACCGAUCAGAAAAGCGCAUCAAAGGCCUAUGGGCGCCGAAAUCCCAGACUUGGUCUAACAGCGAGGAUGUUGAUGGUCACGGGACACAUUGUGCUAUGGUGGCAAACAAAGUGGCACCGAAUGCCGACAUCUACGUGCUGAGGGUGUUCGAAGACAGACACCACGUCAGUGGCAAGCAUAUUGUGGAAGCAGUUCAUCAUGCAGUCUACGAAUGGCAGGUUGACAUCAUCAGCAUGUCAUUUGCCAUCAAUAAAGAUGACCACAGUAGUAAAGCCGCCAUCACCGAGAAACUCAGAGAAGUCAAGGACAAAGUCCUCAUAUUUGCGGCAGCGUCCAAUGCUGGCCUGCUCGAAGGUAGAACUUAUCCAGCUAAACGGCCCGAAGUGGUUGCAGUGCACGCUGCGCACGGCUCACACGAACCGUACAAAAAAAAUCCACCGCUGUUCUGCUCGGAGUGGAACAUCACAGCACUCGGUAUGUACGUGCUCGCGCCCCACAAGAACGCAUCUCUGGAGCGUUUAAGUGGCACUUCAGUAGCAUGUGCAGUCGCUGCUGGAAUCGCGGCUCUAGUACUAGAGUUCUGUCGUCGGCAACCACUUUCCGGCGAAGCUAGUCUUAGGGAUCCAUCAGUGCCUGUAAGUAACGACGGCCCACUACGACUUUCCAAGAAAGGUAUGCUGCGGAUCUUUCAACUUAUGCGCCUCAACAAUCGAGAGAUCAAGGAGCCAGGCCCAGGAGAAAUACUCUGCCUGAUGCCUUGGGAGUUGCUGAGCUUGGAACGCGGGGACGGCAAGCCAGACGCAGCGAGAAAGAUAAUAGCGAGCGAUAUCGCAACUGCGUUGAGAGACUUGAAGGAUUGA